CCGAAAUAGGGCUGUCUCGUAUUUCUGCUCCGAUCAGAUCUGCGAUGCUCUUUCUCUCGAGUCUCUGCUCGUCGUAGUCUGGUAAGUUAACGGUCCUUGCUCGCGAGAGGGCGAGAGACGGACAAAAUCGAUCGCGAACGUGAAGAAUCGAGUCGAGUCGAGCGUCUCGUCUCGUCUGCAAUUCGUCGCGAUGGCAAUUGGAGUGGUGGAAUAAUUUGCAGCGCCCAUGGCAUUGCUGCGCUUUGCUGCACGGGUCGAUGGGUGCUCGGGUGCAGAGUCGUAGGAAGGAGGAGGCCUGCAGGCAGGGGCGGGAAAAUCUCUCGUCCGAUCCGAUCGGUGACUCGGGGCGCCGGACGAUGAAAUCUCGGGAUGCAGGGGAGGACGGUUUUCUGAUUUCGAUUCGCUGGAGUUUGUGUCUGUCCUAGUCGGUCACGGGCCGAGCGGACGAGCGAAGGCCUGACUGGGCGAUUCGGAAGAAGAGGGAGGAGUAUGAUGGUGGAGGGGAAUUGUUAAAUUCUGGGAGGAGGUGAAGAGAAUGCGGAGAUCAGGACAGCCCGGUUGGGAUCACCGGCAAUUUUCUUCUUCGUGUCGUGGAGUUUUAAUUUCCUACACGGCCCGAGUGGACGAGAUUCCAGGGAGGGAAGAGAGCAUUGUUUUGAAUCUCUGCGUCCAGAAAGUGGAGUAGGCAGGAUGGCAGCUACGAGAAAGCUUCAAGGGGAGAUUGACCGGGUUUUGAAGAAAGUGCAGGAAGGCGUAGAUGUCUUUGACGGCAUUUGGAAUAAAGUAUAUGACACUGAGAAUGCCAAUCAAAAGGAAAAGUUUGAAGCGGAUUUGAAGAAGGAGAUUAAGAAGCUUCAAAGAUACAGAGAUCAGAUUAAAACAUGGAUACAGUCUAAUGAAAUUAAAGAUAAGAAGGCUUUACUAGAAGCGCGGAAGGUCAUAGAGCGAAUGAUGGAGCGAUUCAAAGUAUGUGAGAAAGAAACAAAGACAAAAGCUUUCUCCAAGGAAGGACUUGGUCAACAACCCAAAACUGAUCCUAGAGAAAAAGCCAAAGGAGAAUCACGCGAUUGGCUAAACACUAUGGUCGGUGACUUAGAACUGCAAACAGAUGCAUUUGAAGCAGAAAUUGAAGGUCUUGUAGUAAAGAAAGGCAAGACAAGGCCUCCUCGCCUGAUGCACUUGGAGGAGUCCAUAGCAAGGCAUAAGCAGCAUAUUCUCAAGUUGGAACUACUCCUCCGUUUAUUGGACAAUGAUGAGUUAAGCCCAGAGCAGGUCAAUGACGUUAAGGACUUCGUACAAGACUAUGUAGAGCGCAAUCAGGAUGAUUUUGAGGAGUUUGCGGAACCGGAUGAUCUCUAUCAAUCUCUACCCCUCGAUAAGCUUGAGGCUCUUGAACUUUUGGAUGCUGUUCCAAUAGCACCGCCAGCUACUGUUGUGAAGGAAAAGGCACCUGUAACAGCAGCAUCUGGAGCAUCUGUGGGCUUGAAAUCUCCCAUUCCUAUUCCUCCGACUCAACAGCAAUCUGGUGCAGCAACUGCUGCAGUUUCACUUUUGCAACACAUUCCUUCUUCAUCACUGCUGCUCGAAGAGGGUGCUGUUCAAGAAUCAUAUGGUGAGUCAGGGUCUGGAACACCACCUACACAAUCAGGCAGGGAGGGUUCUCCCACAAAUACUUCAAACCUAUAUGCUGGCGCAUUUGUGACUGGAGCUGCACUUCCGAUUCUUCCACUUGGGCUGGGUUCUGUUGCCCCCUCCAUGAAUUCCUUUCUUGCCGUUCCCUCAACGAGAGCCGUUACCACCUCUCAAUCUACAAUUAGUCAACCCGUUUCAACUACAGUAGGGGGUCAUUCGAAGGAGGAAGAGUCUGGGAAUGUGAUUCGGAGGACGAUGCUCGGUGUGGGAGACGGAGGUUUAGCUAGAACGGUAGGAAGGAGUUCAUUCCUAGCCCAAUCUCCGCCAAUUUCCGUCGUGGGAUCAUUGUCUUCUAGUGCCAUUUCCAGCAGUGAUGGGAAAGGGUCUACUGCUGUUAAUUCGGAUAUGGAACGAACAGGUGCGUCAGGGGAUGAAAGAAUAGGCAGUGGAGGGCUUGCACAGCAGCUUUCGACUCCAUUUGGGAGCCAAAACCGAGUCUUUGUUCCAUCAGGAGGUAUUGGUGAAACUGCGUCAGGACAGGAGGGGGCUCUCAUUGGUGGCAGGAUGUUUUCUACGUCUGUUGGAAGUCACUGGAGGCUACCAACUGCAAGUACGUUUCAAAACCAAGCGGAGUUGGGUCAAUUUCAUGGGAGAACAGAAAUAGCUCCAGACCAAAAGCAGAAGUACCUUCAACGCUUGCAAGUACACCAACAAGGGCAAACCUCUUCCUUGCUGAGUGCGGUUGCGUCAUCACAUCUAUCGGGUGUGAGUCAAAAAUCAUUAAAGACACUAACCCCUCAACAAAGUCCAGCCGUGUCACAGGGUCAUACGUUCCAGCAACAUCAGCAGCAACAAAAGUCUUCAGUACAAACGUCCACAUCAUCACAACAGUCAAAUUUGGCCUCAGGAAUGGAAAUGCCACAUGUGUCCAUAUCUUAUACACAAUCUCAGCAACAACAGCAGUCACAGCCAUUGUCCAGAUCUCAGUCUGCUCAGCAACUGUUGCAAGGUUCUCUAUCAAGAACUGAGUCUGCAAAGGAGCUCGAUCCGUUCAUUGGUGGAGCUCUCGAUUCGCAACAACUUCAUAAAUUCACAGAUGACACUGAUACUGAUAUCAGCUCUGUGGCAUCCUUCUCAAGGAGUCAUUCCAUGAGUGAAGAAGAUUCCAAAAAUGCCGACACAUUUGAUGUUGUGGUUGGCGUACCUGGAACACUCGCAGACCUUAGUCAACUAUCAAGAGACGCCAGCUUUAUUGCUGGAACUUCUUCUCUUCAAGCUGGUCAACCAUUGCCAGGGCCUAGCUCAGUUGGCAGGCGAUCUGUUCUUGAACUUGGAGCUGGUAGUGCUAGUGGGAAUCCUCUUGCUGGUCCAAUUAUGCAUGACCAGCUGUUCAACCGACAGGCUCUAGAAGCUGCAUACCACAAUUUACCGAUGCCCAAGGACUCAGAAAGACCAAAGAGCUAUACCCCUAGGUAUCCAGCUGUUACGCCUGCAAGUUAUCCUCAAUUACCGGCACCUAUCAUUGAAAACGUAGCACUCUGGGAUCGUUUGGAUACUGAUGUUCUUUUUCUGGCAUUCUACUAUCAUCAGGGUACCUACCAACAGUAUCUGGCUGCUCGGGAACUCAAGAGGCAGUCUUGGAGAUAUCACAAGAAAUACAGCACUUGGUUCCAGCGACAUGAGGAGCCUAAGGUGACCACAGAUGAGUAUGAGCAGGGAACGUAUGUCUACUUCGACUUUCACAUUUUGCACGACGAUUUGCAGCAGGGUUGGUGUCAGCGAAUCAAGACCGAAUUUACCUUUGAGUACAGCUACCUGGAAGAUGAGCUUGUGUUGUGAAUAUUGCGUUGAUCAGGCAACUCCGGGAGCAAUAAAGUGAAAAUCUUUCCACAUAUUCGAAAGCAUUUGUUGUGUUAUUUGGGGCAAAGGAAUGAAAAUUACAACUAGGUUUUGCACAUGCUUACGCCACGGUGCGUUGUUUGACGACUUUUU